UCUCCAUAGCUUUUUUGCUUGCUUGUACUUCUGAUCAUUGUUUAUGCAGCUUGACGGACAUCCUGCGCUACUUCAGAGUCUUAUAAUCCAGACUGAAACUUGUGAAACUUGUCCGACAUCAUGGCUACCGCACUCGAUUUCGAUCCUUUCCAGAAACCAGUGAACCUACCCUUCCCCGCAGUUACAAAACAAACCGCUGGAAUCAUCAAUGGUAUCCCAACCGAUGUUAUGCUAGUCAAGUUCAGUGAUAGAAUUAUGGUCACCAUAUCUCAAAAGGGCCGACUUGGUCACUGGCUUCACGUUCCCUUGGAGAACAAGAAUCCCAGUACAGAGGGCUUUCACAGCAUCCCUGAUUCUUCAGAUGAUAGCCUUCUCCCAAUCAGCAACCUGACCGCUACGUCACUUCUGGGAGGUCGUGCUCCAGGUCAUGAGAUUGUUGGCCAGCUGUAUGCUCGUCAGAUCGCUAGCGCUAUUGUUACCAAGACGCCAGAUGAGAAACGGUUGCUUGUCCUGGGGCUUGGGCUGGAGACUGCCGUUGCUGACCGGGAUAUCUUCUUUGCUGUCAUUGAUCUGGUACUGCAGUGUAUCUGAACAGUAAGAUGUAGCGGGCUGGAGACGGCCAUCUGCAUUGCCAAGUCGAAGCUAUGACGGAUUCAAGUGGCGAGUACCCGCCUUUGAACCGCGAAAGAAAUCGAGAAACUUCCUCUCGUUUCUUAUUGGGCUCUUAUGGUCUUCAAGUUCGGGAGAAUAUUAUGACUUCCAGCUGGAGGCUGGGAGAAUAAACUGAAUCAGAUGAAGCCGCGAAGAUUCUGGGCCAAGGUCAUGAUGGCAGCCGCAAUGGUGCACCUCCCUGUUGAGGAGUGAAAAGACAUUUACCGGAGGGGAGAAGACAAUUCGCGCUCUGUGGGCGCAGUUGGAUCAAGGAACUACGUGCCCAGAUGGUGAGCAGCAUAGCCUAGCCCUCAGAUAGCAUGAGUGAUUUCGGGAUCAAAAGCAGUGUGAAUUAUUAUCAGGUAUGAGCAAGUCAA